AUGUGGGAGGUAGAUCCCGAGACGCGGUCCAAGCUUGCCGCCCUCCAGAAAGAAUCCAAGAACAACCUGUGCUGCGACUGCAAUGCGCCGUCCCCGCAAUGGGCGUCUCCCAAGUUUGGCAUCUUUAUCUGCCUGUCGUGCGCCGGCGUGCAUCGAGGCCUCGGCGUGCACAUCUCCUUCGUCAGGAGCAUUUCGAUGGACGCCUUCAAGUCGGGCGAGAUCGAGCGGAUGCGACUUGGUGGCAACGAGGGGUGGAGGAACUUUUUCGAGGCGCAUGAGCAGACACAGAUGAUGGGCAUCACCUGGGAGGACUCAACUAUCGCCGAACGGUACAGCGGCGAGGUCGGCGAGGAGUGGAAGGAGAGGCUUAGCUGCAAGGUCGAGGGCCGCGAGUACGUGCCCGGUGCCAAGAAGCCAGCUCCCGCGCCCGUUGCCGCGAAGCCGGCGUCGCGGUCGUCGACUCCCAUGGGCGGCACCGCCAACCGGAACCAGAGCCCGGCGACGGGGUCGGGGCCGGGCAAGGUCAGGGUGGACGACCAAUACUUUGCCAGGCUGGGCGCCGACAAUGCCUCGCGGCCAGACCAUCUGCCUCCCAGCCAGGGAGGCAAGUAUGCUGGAUUUGGUAGCACGCCUGGACCGAGCCAGUCAAACGACGACCUACCCAACUUUGCCGAUAUGCAAAAGGACACGAUGGCGGCGCUGACCAAGGGCUUCGGCUGGUUUACGUCGACAGUCUCCAAGACUGCCAAGACGGUCAACGAUGGCUACAUUCAGCCUACGGCCAAGCAGAUCGCCGACGGUGACUUUGCCAAGCAGGCGCAAUUAACAGCAGCCUCCUUCGCCAAGUCAGCUCAGCAAGCUAGCAAGAACGCACAAGAGGGUUUCAACCGUUUCGUAGAGGGACCUGAGCACCAAAAGAGCCGGGAUGCCCCACUGGACGAGAGUAAGAAGAACUUCUGGGACGAGUUCUCCAACCUGGCAGACCAGAGGCAACCCAACAACAGCUCCAUCGGCACAAGUGCUAUGGGCAUGGGCAAGAAGAACCCAGCUCCGGCGCCGAAGAAGCAGACGGACGAGUGGGAUGACUGGUGA